AUAGCAACCGAAUGCAUAAACAAAUGCAAAGAAAAGCGCCUUAAACUAAACAAAUUGCUGCAAAGUUUUGUGCAUUGGCAAGGAAAAACUGUUAAAAAGUGAAAAUUAUGCCGCAAGAGCAGGCAACGACGGCGCUUGAUGAUGAAAUCGAAAAUGUACGGGUUGUGGUGCGUUGCCGUCCCAUGGACAAGACAGAACUGUCUAACGGUGCGUUGAGCGCUAUUCAGGUGGAUAAAAUCAAUCGUGCCAUAAGCGUAGUCAAACCGAAUGCCACCGCUAAUGAGCCGCCCAAGACUUAUUACUUCGACAAUGUAUUCGAUGGUGACUCCAAUCAGCUGGAUUUGUAUGUCGAUACAGCGCGUCCCAUUGUGGACAAGGUGCUUGAAGGCUACAAUGGUACCAUACUGGCCUACGGACAAACGGGCACGGGCAAGACUUAUACCAUGUCCGGCAAUGCGGAUUCUCCGCAAACCAAGGGCAUUAUACCCAACGCCUUUGCCCACAUCUUUGGACACAUAGCCAAGGCGCAUGAGAAUCAAAAGUUCUUGGUGCGUGUCAGUUACAUGGAGAUCUACAAUGAGGAGGUGCGAGAUCUGCUGGGCAAAGAUGUGAGCAAGAGUCUGGAGGUAAAGGAGCGUCCGGACAUUGGUGUCUUUGUCAAGGAUCUGAGCGGCUAUGUAGUGCACAAUGCAGAUGACUUGGAGAACAUUAUGCGAUUGGGCAAUAAGAAUCGCGCUGUAGGUGCCACCAAGAUGAAUCAGGAGUCCUCACGCUCCCAUGCCAUCUUCUCCAUAACAGUGGAGCGCAGCGAGCUGGGCGAAGGUGGUGCGCAGCAUGUGCGCAUGGGCAAGCUACAGCUUGUAGAUCUAGCCGGCUCAGAGCGUCAGUCCAAAACGCAGGCCAGCGGUCAGCGGUUGAAAGAGGCCACCAAGAUUAAUCUGUCGCUCUCCGUCUUGGGCAAUGUUAUCAGUGCCUUGGUGGAUGGCAAAAGCACGCACAUACCUUAUCGCAAUUCCAAGCUGACGCGCUUGCUGCAGGACUCACUUGGUGGCAAUUCCAAGACAGUGAUGUGCGCUACCAUCAGUCCGGCGGAUAGCAACUAUAUGGAGACUAUAUCGACGCUGCGCUAUGCUGGACGCGCUAAGAACAUACAGAAUCGCAUGCAUAUUAAUGAGGAGCCCAAGGAUGCGCUGCUGCGUCACUUUCAGGAGGAGAUUGCCAGGCUGCGUAAGCAGCUCGAAGAUGGCAGCUUUGAGGAUGAGCUGCAGCCCAGCGCUGAAGAAGAGGAGGAAGAAGAUACGGCGGAUGAUGAGCUGGAGGCACCGCUGGAACUAGAGCUAGCACCAGCUGCAGUUAGUCCCAAGCCCAAGCAAAAGCGUGAAAAGUCCGAUGAGGAGAAGCAGCAGCUGGCCAAGCGUAAGAGUGAGCAUUUACGUGAGAUUGAGCAUGCCAAGUCCGAGCAGGAGCAGCUGCGCAAUAAGCUGUUUUCCUUGGAGGGCAAGAUUCUCGUAGGCGGCGAGAAUCUGCUGGAGAAAGCGCAAACACAGGAGAAGCUGCUGGAGCAGUCCAUAGCUGAGCUGGAGGAGCGUGAAAAAUGCGAAGAGGCACUGCGUCAAACGCUACAGCAAAAGGCUACAGAACGCAUUGACAUUGAAGAGCGCUACUCCACACUCCAGGAUGCGAGCACAGGCAUAACCAAGAAGAUUCAUCGCGUUAUGCAAAUGCUAAUGGGCGUCAAGUCCGAGCUGGCGGAUCAGCAGCAGGAGCAUCAGCGCGAAAAGGAAGGCAUCUAUGAGAACAUACGUAGUUUAUCCCGCGAGCUGGCGCUCUGCGAGCUGGUGCUUAACUCCUAUGUGCCCAAGGAGUAUCAGUCCAUGAUCAAUCAGUAUACACAUUGGAACGAGGACAUUGGUGAGUGGCAGCUCAAGUGCGUCGCCUACACCGGCAACAAUAUGCGCAAGCAUAUCGAGCACAAGAGCAGCGGCAAGGAGCCGGACUUUGUGGAUCUCUCGCAUGUCUAUCUGAGCUACAGCAACGAUGGCGUCUCUAAUCCUAUGCGCACCAAAUCUGCGCGACCCCGUACCUCUGGCGUACCGCGUCCAACAACAGCGAGACGCUAUUAACGCUACUCCCCACUCCACUACCCACUGUCUAACACAAAAUCUAGUCUGCUACACUUUAAAGUAUUUCAUUUUGUUAUUGCUUUUCUACUUUUCUCAUUUUGUUAAUUAAUUUCUUAGGUGUCUGCAAUUGUGUAUUUUACUUUUAGGUUGAACCAUGGUGCAAUAUUUUUGUAUGUCUAUUAUUUUUAAAUGCAUUUUAUGUGUAUCUCACUAAGCUUAGCAAUGUUAGCUUUUGGCUUUUUAAACAUAAUAA